GACGCUCACUCCCAUUCCCAUAACACUCUCAACUCUGUUCUUCCCCAAUAACUCUCUACCCUAACUCCUAACCCUCCCAAGAAAAACCCCAAAUUAGUUCCAAUUUCAGCGAAAUCGAAGCCCUACAGCGCCGAUUCAUGUCCCAAUUUUCUCACACAAACAAAUCGAUCGGCACCGUUUGAGCAGCCGCCGGAGCAAGACCUCAGAAAUGGAGAAGAACGGGAACGGAUUCGUUAGGGCAGAUCAGAUCGAUUUGAAGAGCUUGGACGAGCAGCUCGAGCGUCACUUGAAUCGAGCGCUGACGAUGGAGAAGAACAAUAAGAAGAAUCAAGACGAUGAAGAUACUAAUUCCGCCGCCGUCCCCGCUACCGCCGCCGCCGCAGGGAAUCCUCUCAGGAGGCAGAAACAGAGGCAGGAAUGGGAAAUUGAUCCCUCGAAGUUAAUUAUCAAAAGCGUCCUCGCACGUGGCACCUUCGGUACCGUCCACCGUGGCGUCUACGACGGCCUCGACGUCGCCGUUAAACUGCUCGACUGGGGGGAAGAGGGCCACAGAACAGAUGCUGAGAUAGCUUCCUUAAGAGCGGCUUUUAUUCAAGAAGUCGCGGUUUGGCAUAAGCUCGACCAUCCUAACGUAACAAAGUUUAUCGGGGCAACAAUGGGCUCUUCGGAUCUCAACAUUCAAACCGAGAAUGGCCAAAUCGGGAUGCCUAGUAAUAUAUGUUGUGUUGUUGUCGAAUAUCUUCCUGGCGGAGCCUUGAAAUCGUACCUCAUAAAGAACCGGAGAAGGAAGCUUGCAUUGAAAGUUGUCAUGCAAAUGGCGCUUGAUCUCGCUCGAGGAUUAAGCUACCUUCACUCUCAAAAGAUCGUCCACCGAGACGUCAAGACCGAAAACAUGUUGUUAGACAGGUCACGUACGGUCAAAAUAGCCGAUUUCGGAGUUGCCCGUGUUGAAGCCUCAAAUCCACAUGAUAUGACUGGGGAAACAGGAACCCUCGGCUAUAUGGCUCCCGAGGUUCUCAACGGACAACCGUACAACCGAAAAUGUGAUGUCUACAGCUUCGGAAUCUGUUUGUGGGAGAUAUACUGCUGCGACAUGCCGUAUCCCGACCUUAGCUUCUCUGAGGUGACAUCAGCAGUUGUCCGGCAGAAUUUGAGGCCGGAAAUACCAAGAUGCUGCCCGAGUGCGCUCGCCAACGUGAUGAAGCGAUGUUGGGACGCAAAUCCAGACAAGAGGCCAGAAAUGGACGAGGUUGUUGUGAUGUUAGAAGCUAUCGAUCCCUCUAAAGGAAGCGGGAUGAUCCCCCUCGACCAGCAACAAGGUUGUCUCUGCUUCGGCAAGUAUUUUGGUCCUUAGCUCGACGGAUGAGUAGAUUUUCUAUGUAUAGUGUUGUCGAAUACUUUUUCCGAUAAAAAAAGAAAAUCGAAUGAAAAUGGAAAGGGUGCCAAGAAAAAACAACAUGAAUUCCUCAGCAAGAUCGAACUUAUUUGUGUCUGAUUUUUACAAAGGCUGAUGAAUAAUGAUCUGAUCUUUUGUAUGUUGUAAUUAAAGCUUUUAGAAUAAUUCAUUU